AUGAAUGUUAUAGAAAAACACCGUCCAAAACACUCACCAGAGAUUGAUCAUUCUACAUUAUCAAACUAUCAAAAUUUCAAAGUAAACUCAACCGAUUUACAUUUCAAUAUUCAUUUCGAAAAGAGAAUUGUCACUGGGGUUGUAACUUAUGAUUUAACAAAUUUAACAAAUACUGAUAAAGUUGAAUUAGAUACUUCAUAUUUAGUCAUUUAUAAAGCAUUUGUCAAUGAUGAACAAGUAGAUUUCAAAUUACAUGAAAGAUCAGAUCCAUUAGGUUCAAAAUUAUCAAUUGCCAUCCCUGAAUUAAAAGAAUUUAAAGUGAAAGUUGAAUUUGAAACUACUGAUAAGUGCACUGCUUUACAAUUCUUACCAAAAGAAGCCACAGAUGGUAAAAAAGAACCAUACUUAUUCUGUCAAUGUCAAGCUAUUCAUGCAAGAUCAUUAUUUCCCUCAUUUGACACACCAGCUAUUAAAUCUACAUUUACAUUAUCAGCUACUUCACCAUUGCCUACUUUAAUGUCCGGUUUGCCGGUAAAACAAGAAGACAACACUUAUUAUUUCAAACAACCUGUUCCAAUUCCAUCAUAUUUAAUUUCAAUAGCUUCUGGUGAUUUAACAAGUGCAGAAAUAGGUCCAAGAUCUAAAGUUUAUUCAGAACCAUGUAAUAUUGAUGAUUGUAAAUGGGAAUUUGAAAAAGAUAUGGAAAAUUUUAUUCAAAUUGCUGAAAAAUUGAUCUUUCAAUAUGAAUGGACAAAUUUUGAUUCAUUAAUAAUUACUAUGGGAUAUCCUUAUGGAGGUAUGGAAUGUCCGAACUUAUGUCAAUUGACUCCUACUUUAAUCUGUAAAGAUAGGUCACAAGUUUCAGUUGUUGCACAUGAAUUAGCACAUAGUUGGAGUGGUAAUUUAGUUACAAAUUGUUCAUGGAACCAUUUUUGGUUGAAUGAAGGUUGGACAGUUUAUUUAGAAAGAAGAAUUUUAGAAGCAUUAGCUGUUAUUGAAGCAAAAGAAAAAGGUAUUGAAAAUCCAGAAGCUUACGGUGAAUCAGUUCGUCAAUUUAAUGCAAUUAUUGGAUGGACAGACUUAGAAAAUAAUUUAAAAGCAAUGGGAUCAACAGUUGAUAAAUAUUCAACAUUAGUUCAAGAUUUAAAAAAUAACGAAGAUCCAGAUGAUGCAUUUAGUACUGUUCCAUAUGAAAAAGGAUUCAAUUUAUUAUACUUAAUUGAAAAAACAGUUGGAAAAUCAAAUUUUAACAAAUUUAUCCCUAAAUAUUUCAAUCAUUUUAAAAAUCAAUCUUUAGAUACUUAUCAAUUUAUUGAUUAUCUAUUUGAACAAUUUCCAGAUCAACAUAAGGAAUUAGAUUCAAUUGAUUGGGAAACAUGGUUAUAUAAACCAGGUUUUCCUCCAGUUGAUCCAAAAUUUGAUACCUCACUAGUUGUUAAGUGUUAUAAAUUGAGUGAAAAAUGGUUAAAUGCUACUAAGCAUCAACAUAAUUUGAAAUUUUCAAAAAAUGAUAUUGAAUCAUUUACACCAAAUCAAUCAGUUGUUUUCUUGGAUAGUUUGAUUUCAUAUGAGAAAAUUGAAGGAAUUUCAUGGAAAGAUCAUCAAGAUGUCUUAAAUGAAAUGAGUAAAAUUUAUACAACUUACAACGAAACAUUAAAUGCUGAAAUUAAAUUUAGAUGGUAUUAUUUACUAGUCACUGGUCAUUUAGAUGAAUAUGAAUAUAAAUUGGCUGAUUGGUUAGGUACCGUUGGAAGAAUGAAGUUUGUACGUCCAGGUUAUGUUUUAUUGAAUGAAGUUGAUUCAAGAUUGGCGACGGAAACUUAUUGCAAAUUUAAAGAUUUUUACCAUCCAAUUUGCUCACAAUUAGUUAAGAAGGAUUUGGGCUUAUAG